AACAUACCUCAGAGAGCAGAAACACGAGAGAGAGUGAGAUUCAGAGAGCUCCGGUUUUCGCACAAAACCGCUGAGCAAAUUUAAUGACUGGUUGUUUUAUCCUGGAGGUGACCGGCUGAUAGUCUGAUGUGCGUAUUACGAGGCAGUGCCGCGAACUUCUUAAAGAGAGCAACCUAGUCUGUGACUCGGUCAGAUUUGGUAACCCUAAAUUUAUGUUCGGUUUCUAACAGGAGAUGAUGUUUAUAUUUGACUGCUUAGUGUGUUUGUGUGCAUGGAGCCUAGUUUGUCUUCCAAAUUUCCAUUUGAGGGCUCCAAGUACGUGUUCCUUGCAAUGACCUGCUUAGUAUGCUUUGAAUUGACAGUCUUUAUAUUACUAUGCAAUCUAGGGAGAUAGUGUAGCGCUAUGGAGGAUGCUGAAGUAUAAGAUUUUUCCUAUCUUUCUUUUUGUUGUGCCAGUUGAUUGUGUGACCUAGUGGAUGUAGAUCUUUUGAUUCAUGUGACAUCGAUGACUCUCUCUUAAUAUGUACGGACUGAUGUUUCAUACAAGGGUGCUCAAGUGUGUAAUGAUAAAGCAGUUGGUCCUCCAUGUCAGAAAAAUUGAAAUCUUAAACAUGGCGUAAGGCCAACGUGUGUGGCACCGUUCAUUGCACAAAAUCGGGUUAGAUUUUAGUGAUCCUUAGUGGGGUAGGCCUACAAGGUGAAGCUAAACUGUCUUUGGUACAAGUAAAAAUUCCACCCGUUGAACGGUUUGCCUACUUGAGGAUGUGUUUUUAAGGGCACGGAUACAGCUUCCGACCCAGCUUAAUUUCAUUGACCCUCCAUACGAAGUGAGGAAAAGAAGUUAAAAGAAGUACUCUGACAAGCGACUGAUGUACAGAAAUUGCGCUUGCUCACCUAAUAAGGGUCGACUGAGCAUAAAAACUGCAGUUGGAACCCUAACAAAGUGCAAAUGUGAAAAAGAAGAAAAUAACAAAUGAUAAGGAAAAGGGGUUCCGACAAGUGAAAUGGAAUUAAAGUGCACCCUAUACGGAGAUUCUUUGGUUGUUGUGUUAUGUGAGUGAGUCUCUUUGCCCAUGACUUGUUUGUCUUAAGUCCAUUGCUUCACAUGAUCCUAGGUGAUUCUAGUACUCGCAUUGAGGGAAAUAGGGGAUGUCUUAGAAAACCGGUUGACCUCUUAAGUUGCUAAAUGACCUAGGAAGUCCUCUGUCGACGAUCGGGGUUGCAUGGUGUUGUAGAGGUCUGGAGAGUUGCAUUGGUUUGAGCCAGGUCUGCUUGGGGACAAGCAAAUGGUUAAGUGUGGGGGGUUUGAUAAACCGUUAUUUGUACAUGAUAUUUCCCACUAAUCUUGAACCGUUUGAGAGUUGAAUCUCGUCUUUUAAGUCGAUUUCAUGCCGGGUUGUGCUUUUAUAUCAUAUUUCAGGACCUGGAGUGGAAAGGAAGGCUCGGAGGUGAGUUUCCGGUGAAAAGCACUAGAGGAACGGAAGGAGGAGAGCAAGAGCCAAAAACCCUGGUCAGGUCAUAAAGGGGGGGGGGGGGGAAUGUGUUCGAGACUGGGGAAUCGCUCUAGAGAUUUUACCCAAUCUGGACCCCCCAGUUCCCCGACCAGGUAAUUUCAGGUGGAGACCGGAUUUUAACCCAAAAUGAUGUGCACCGUUUCGCAGUUACCUGGCUAGUUUGCCUUAAACCCGACCGGGUUUCGGGCAGAGGAGCUGUUAGAUGCGAAUUAUGGGUUCUUUGAGAAAAGAAAGAAGUUUCGGGGAGAAAAAGAGUGAAAUCUAUAGAGAGAAAGCGACGAACUAAACCUCCAAAGUGACCUAUAUCAAGUUUUGAAGCAAUUGGAACUAGAUUGAAGCUUGGAGAAGUGCCGAUUGACAACCAGAAGCCGAUUGUCAUCCUCCACAGAAUGAUUUUUGCAUCUGAUGUUGAUUUCUCUUUUCUCUCUAUGGAGUAAACUCUCUCUCUCUCACCUGGGUACGAAGAACCCAAGAUAUGUAUGUUAGGUUUGGUUGUAUGAACCCAAGUACAUUAUCUUUUGACAUUGAUUAUAUUCAAUUGAGGCAUGAUUUUCUGAAUUGCAUGAAUCCUGAUCAAAUUCCUGUAGUUUGUGCUUUGACCUAGAAAGAGAAUAUCUACCUAGGUUGAUAGACACCCUUAAUUGAAGGUGGAGAAUUGACUACUUUAGUUGAGGAGUCAAUUCUUUGCUAUGUACUGGAUUUACUCCAGUAGAGGAGGUUUUUCACUUUAGGGCCUCUAUUCGUUUACUCCGGUGGAGGUUAGUCGCCCACCGGGUAUUCAGAUUGAGAGGGUCUAGAUACCUUUAGUCGAGACUUCAGACCAAAUAAGAACCUUCCGCAGUAUAAUUGUCAUUAAAUCUGGACUUGGUGAAUUACAACUCGACUUAACGGCAAUCUUGGGGGAACCAUAUCUGGGUGACCACUCUCAAACUUGAACUACAAAAUUUACUGCUUUGUGUUUGUUUAGUUUAGUUAUAAUCUCACUACAGUUAAACCGCUAGAUAACAAGAACUUCACGGAGUAGUCAUCACAUCUAGGACUCGGGUUGACAAUUAAAGUGAAACCCGCUAUACUAUGCAUUAGUAGGUGGUUACACUUGGCCACUUUCUAGUGUGUCGGUACAGGUGAGUCAAUAUUUUAGGGUUUGAAUGACUGAAUGUGUUUGUCUAUUUGAUUUUUAAUGUCACUCUUUCCUAAAUGAUGACGCUUGGGUAAGUCGCCCUAAUCAUCCCUCUUACCGUACUUUUUGUUACCGCGCUGAGUAAGGAGUUCUAGUGUUAGACGGGUAUGCACCAGCUGGCGAGUUUAGUUUACACGUGUGAAUGGGGGCCUAUAGUGGUCGCGGCAACCGAACCCCUGCUAUAGGUAGCCUUCCAAUAUGGAACACAAGAUGAAACCUCGGUCUGGACGGUGGAUAGUGUCCAUUGAAAUGAGCCAAAAGCUUAAAGCCCCAGAUACGAUAGCCUAGAUCGAGGUGUCUGAAACAUGGGAUUAGGGGAGGCGUACUCGGAGGCGUGUGGAUAACGAUGAAGGCCAACAGAAAAGAGCUCACUCACCACAUUUGAUAACCGUAAGUAUCUAUACAUGCAUAGUAUCCUUAAGAUAGGGGGGAGGAUUAGUUCCUCCAAGUUAGCUUUGAUCAACCUCUAGACUAGUAUUUCCUCAUAUCCUCCACUCAAAACCUCAAAAACUGAUAACCUAAUUAACAAGGUGGGAAGUAGGCUAGGGUACCAGGAUCCAAGUAGUAUACGACCUUGAUUAUCACUAUACGACUAUGCCUUCCUAGGUUAAACUUGGCUUUGGAUGGGAUAGUAGUUGAUACGUGCAAACCACUGACACUAACAUGCACAGAUUCAAGUGAUGAAGCUUUUUGGCCCCGUUGAUGGGGAACCUUGGUAACUAGUAGAAAACCAUAAGUUGUUAGUUAGUUUUUAUCUUGCUUUAGUUGUUUGUUUCGUGUUGUGUUUUUGUGCUUUUGUUUCGUAUUUUGUUUUCAUACUUGUGUCUUUGUAUGUAUUGAUAUUUGCCACUUUUGUAUGUCACGGAUUGUUGAGGUUGUGUUUUUUAGCAUCGUUGUAUGCGAAGAAGGGAUUCCUUGUAACUAUUACCUCUUGAUUCUGAAAUUGAGAGAACCCAUCGGAAUCUAAGAAGAGUUACAAGACUCAACCUCCACCAAUGGCGGAACAACAAGCUCAAGUACCACCGAGGCCAAGAACAAUGUGUUCUGACUCUAGGCCAAGUGUGGACAUUGUUCAGUCACCUAUUCUUCAUUUGGCGUUACCCAACAAUGAUUAUGAGAUCAAGCCAAACAUAAUAUCAAUGCUUCAAAGUGCAGUUCAAUUCAAUGGGAUGAUGAGUGAAGAAGCACAUGCACAUACCAAGUCAUUUUAUGGUUGACGGAUGGAAUCAAGUUGAAUGCACAUAUCAACCACAUCACUCAAUCACCUCAUGGGAUGAUCUAUGCAACAAGUUCUUUGCAAGGUACAUUCUACCCUCUAAGACGGCUUUGAUGAGAAGUGAGAUCACUAUGUUCCAUCAAGAGGAAGAUGGGCCAUUGUUUGAAGCAUGGGAAAUAUUUACAUCUAUCCUACUCAAGUGUCCUCACCAUGGCAUAGCCGAUUGGCUACACGUCGAAAUCUUCUAUAAUGUGUUAACAAAGGAAUCAUGGAGCCUCAUUGAUGCGGCUAGUGGAGGUGCCAUAUGGAACAAAGAAGUCGAGAGAACUUCAACAAUUAAUCGAAGAGAUGGCCCUUAAUAGCUAUGAUUGGGGUGACAGAAUAAGAGGUAAGAGCAUAUCACAUGGAAGUUUAUUGAAGAUUGAAGAACCAUCGUCUCUAUCAGCCCAUAUUCAAGAACUUUCCAAAAAAAUUGAUCAAGUUGCAUCGUCAAUGAAGGGCAAUGGGAAGCAACUUAUGAAGUGUGAUUGGUGCGGUGACUCGAGUCAUAAUGUGGAAGAAUGCAAGUCCAUGAUUGAAAUUUCUAUACAAUUCGAGCAAGCCAACUUUGUUGGAGGUCAAUCUCGAGGAAACAACCCUUAUAGCUCGACGUAUAAUCCGGGAUGGAGGAAUCACCCGAACUUUCUAUGGUCUUCUCCAACGGAUAGGAAACGUUCGGGGUUUCAAUCUCAAGCUCCGAUGCAAACUUCUUACCAAAGGCAGAGUCAGACAACAUACCAAGGAGCAUAUCAAGAACAAAGUUGACCCUACGAUGGUCGACUUGCUAAACUUGAAGAUUUGAUAGGCCAAUUUGUCACACAUUCCAACAAGAAGUUUGAAGAUUUUGACAAGUUCAUAGAGAAUACCUCAACCAAAUUAUUGAGCUUGGAAGCGGGUCAAAGGAAUCAACAAGCUUCACUUCAAAAUCUUGAAGCUCAACUAAGUUCAUUUGCUCAAACUAUCUCAUUGAGACCUCAAGGAACCCUACCAGGCAAUACCGAGCCGAACCCAAAAGAAGGAUGCCAUGCGGUAACUCUAAGCAUUGGCCGACCGUUGAAGGAGAUUCCUAUUUAAACUCCCAGGAUCCCGAUAAGAGAGGUUUAUCAAGAAGUUUUUCAAGAAGAAGAAGUAGCUCGGGAGUAAGUACAACCGUCCAUUGAAGUCAAUGUCGAAGAUGAGGGAAAAUCUAAGAAGGCUCAUGAACCCGAGCCAACAUCAAAAGCUCCUUAUCCUAUACAGUUAUUUGAAAGCGAUCUUUAUCAUGGAUGUGCUCCAUGGAAGGACACAUUGAAGCAAUUACAGGUAAUCCUUCCUUUCCUAGACAUGGUAUUGAAGAUCCCUAAAUAUACAAAGUUCUUGAAGAAAUUUUUUUUGGGAAAAAGGAAAAUGGAGGAGGUAGCUAUGGUGUUCGUUAGUGAAUUUGCUUCGGCAUCCAUUGAGUAUGGAGGAUCCCUCCCAAACUAAGAGAUCCGAGAAUCUUCACUGUUCCAUUCAUUUUUGGAGAAAAAACAUUUUAGAACCAGUCAUGCCUACACGGAUAUACAAUGAUUUGAACCUUGGACCCCUCACUCCUACUCCAAUGCUGAUUGAGUUGGCCAAUAGGUCUGUUUUCGAGCUAAGAAGAAUCAUAGUGAAUAUCUUGGUAAAGUGUGCUCAUUUUGACUAUCCGGUGGAUUUCGUGGUUCUAGACACGGAGGGGUAUGAUGCAUCGAUUAUCCUAGGCCGACCCUUUCUAGCUACGGCACGGAGGGGUAUGAUGCAUCAAUUAGCGGUCGGACCGCACAUAUAUUCUCCCCGUGUCCAUUUCUUUUUCCCCAUCAUGUGUUUGCAUUUCCAUUUUCUCCAAACCAGAGCGAGCAGAGCAGGAACAGGGGAGCUCGGUAAAAAUUCCAAAGCUCAAAUUCUUGAGCCCUAGUGAUCCAAAAAUCUCGUAAGUAAUGCCUAAUUCAUCUAUACAUCUUGAUUUAUCGAUUUAGAGCUUUAAAACGAGUUUUUGGUUCAAUAAUUUCUUGAAUUCCCGAUAAGUCAAAUUAGGGUUUCGGAGUAUCCGGGAGCCGGAUUGAGCCCAAAUUUCAUAUACGAGCCUCCUGCAGCAAGGUAAUCAAUCCUCUAGUUUUAAUCCAUGAAUUUCGGCUAUUAUUUAGGUCGAGGUCCAAAUCGCUGAAUUUAGCUCCGAUCAGGGUUUUAAUGUGUUUUUAUCAAGAAUUUGACCCGGAGCCAAGAACUAAUAUUGACGGGGGUACUGCAGGGGAUAUUAGGACAAUCUCGGAUUUUAAUUCGGGGUUCGUUCAUGAAAUUGACGUUUUAGUAUGGGAGGCAAAAACCGGUGUUUGAACGACUAGAACUGGUGAGGGAUUAGCACGACAUAACGGGUUUUUCGUAUCACGAUAAUUAUAUUAAUGCUUAGAAUUGAUCUAGGUGAACUAGAAUGGCAUGAUUAGGGGUGUAUGAACUUUUGUGCUAUAUGUUGAACCCUGAACUGCUGUAUGAUAUUAUUGACUUGCCCUAAUCAAUAUGGACCUUGUUUAUGUUGAUGAUUGCAUACAUGUUGCCAUUUGUGGCUUAAUUGUUAAUAUGACAUCAGGUUGUUCGAUCAUGUGUUUGGACAUGAUGUGAUAUUGGUUGUAUUUGGAUUCACAAGUGGAGGAAAUAAACUUCCCAGGGUGAUAUUUUGAUGUUUAAGGAGGAUGACUUGCACGAGGGUUUAUCACGAGGAAGUGCAAUUAUACAACUCCUGGUUAUGUUGAGCCAAUUGUGGCCAGGCCAAGAAUAUGUCUAAGUAAUGAAUUAUGAUUAAGCAAGAUGAGAUAUGGAUCAUGUAUAAGGAUACCAAGUAAGAGUACUUUGGUCUCAUGGUCAAUUACAUAGUAAUUAUUGCUCCCCAUGCUAUUACUCCGUUAUGAUAUGUUAUGUCACACCCCUGAUGUGGUGUUGACCGUUGAUUCAUCAUGAGAUAUGACCACACCCAUAGUGGUCUUGAGUCCGAUAUGACCACACCCAGUGUGGUGUCAGGUCCGAUUUGACUACACCGGCAGUAGUGGGUCCGAUAAGACCACAUCCACGAGAUUUUUGGUCCGUAUUCCCGGGAGAGUAAUUAGCAUGGGAGUAGCCAGGCGCCUAUGAUUAAAACAUGAUAAGAUGCAUAUGCAUAUGUCAAGGUGGUUGACUCUUUUGCCUAUUGGGAUGUCGGUUGGCUGAGGUCUAAUCAUAGUGCGUUGGCUUGUUUGCUAGAUGUAUGGUAGGGGUAUGCUUUCUUAUGAACUCACGAUGCAAGGAUUGUCUCACUCAGCUAUGAGCUGACCCUCUUUAUCCUUUUUCUCUGCUUAUGCCAUGUGUAAGCAGAUCAUCAUCAUCAGCAGUAGAUAGGUGUAUAGGUGGCAGCUGAGCAAGAGUUGAAGGCAAGAUGAGGUAUGGUCUUCAACUAUUCUAUGCUUGGACUACUACUCGGGAUUUUGGCUAGUGAUCCACACCUUUUUGUAAAAAAAUGUUUUGAGAACGUUUUUCAUGUGCAUACUAGCUUCAGAUGUAGUGUGAGAUAUCCACAGGUGUGGAAAGUUGAUGAUAUGUGUAUAUUUAUGUGGUUGUGUAAGUUAUGACGACUAUGAUAUGUAUUAGUAAGGUAUGCAGUUGUGGAGUAUGAAACUUUUCCUAUGGCUAUGAAAGCCAACGUAUAUGGUUGUGAGUAUAUAUGUUUGUUUAUGGAUGUAGGAAUUCAGAUAAAUUAUUUUGCAGGUAUUAGUUACAAGAACUGUUAGUCCAUUACGCGAGUAAUUCAUGUCGAAAUUUUAUAUGGGUAAAUUUUGUAAUUAAUGUAACACCCGAGAUUAUUUCCGCUGCAAUUGUAUGAACAAUAUGAUUAGGUAAUACGUAUAGGGUAGGUUGUUACACAAAUUUUCACAAGUAUUACAAAUGGGACGAUGUCAAGAUGGAUUGUGAGGCGGUUACACCUCUUACCAUACCACCUUCAAGUCCCGAGAUUGAAUUGUUCAAUAUGGUCUCCCAUGUUGACCCCCAUGAUGCUCUAGUUAAGAGAGGGAGUGAUUCUUGCAAAAAUAUGAAGCAACCGACAAAGAGAAAUCUUCUGGCAUAAUGCAAACCCAAGAGUUGUUCAAGGUUUCUCAUCUCUCCCGUGAUCAUGGAAGAAACCUCUGAAGGUUUAUCUUUGAAGAGAGGCAUCCUAAGAAAGGAAAAUAAUUUGUUAAGGGCGAUUUAGCUCCUAUUAUUGAAAAUGAAGAGUUCAAGGAAUGCUGCAAGCCAUUCACGGAUAAUGACAUCUCUAUGAAAGAGUCUCACCCUCGCCAUCUUGCAAACCAAUUCUCAAAUGGAUCCUUUCUAUCUCAAGCACCGAACGAGGCAUCCGAGAGACUCCAUGGUCUUCACCUUGUACUUCACCACAAGUAUUUUAAUAUCCCAAACCGCACGAAAAAAUAUAAUAAAUGUAAAAGGGAAAAAUAAAUUUCUUCUACAAAUUUACAACUGUGAUUCUAUACCCUGGAGUUUGCAUCAUCGACGAGAGAAGAUGUUACGCAAAACAAUAAUAGUAAUUGGUUAUUAUAUAUGGAUAUGCAUUAGAAAGAAAUAGAAAUUAAAUUAAUAAAAAUAUAUAAAAUAAAUAAAAACAGCAGUAGGACUCGAACCAUUAACCUACUGGUUUAUAUUAGGGUUUCAACCAGUCGUUUCGGUAUAACCAAAAAUUGAAAAUUCGGUUAUUGGUUAAACCGAGACACCCCAAAUGGAUGCCGACCAUCGACCGUGAGAGUGCCACGGCUAACCGACCACCGAUCGGUCGGUUAUCGGGUUUUGGUUCAGUUAGUCGUGGUAAACGGAAUUAUGCUUGCCGCUGACAAUAAAAGGCACGUACAAAAUGCGUUUUUCCUGCCAAAAUUAACUACGGUAGUGAGAUUUUGAAAGUAAUUAAUUAAAAUGGGCGAAGGCGGAGGCCGAACACGGUGCCGACGACGUUGGGAAGCGAGGGAGGCCGGAGGUUUCUGAGUAUCUGUCUGGUGAGGUGGUGGAUUAGGCGGCAGAAGGGAUGGGGUUGGUGAGAGCCGAGAGGGCUCGAAUGAGAAGAGAGGUGGAGGGGGCAGGGGGCAGGGGUAAGGGUAAGGGGAGGGGGAGGGGGGGUUUUGGGGCUGAGACCGGUUCAUUUCGGCUGGUCGGUUAACCGUGGUUAUUCACCGUCGGUUAUUCGGCUAGCCGAAAAUUCUCUCUGACUGAUCGACCAUCGAACAACCUUAAUAAAAGUCUGUUUUUGGGUAGCUACUAACCGACAGUUUUCGGUUAAAACCGUCGAUUAGCCGCUAACCAAAAAUCCACCAGCUACCCCUUGUUUAUAUUGAAGUCAUGCAAACGAACCUAAACCAGUAGACUAAAUACCAUUUCACAUUCAAACUCCUCCAGUCUUUUACAUAUCUGUAAUCGUAUCUUUGCUUAACUGUAAGGUAUCAACCAGUCUUAGGUUUUGACGUUGUCGUUCCAAUUGAAGAGGCAGUAGCUUCCAUGUCGGGCUGCGGAGAUGGAUCUUUAAGCGGCGCCCGACGUUGGAAUUGGGGUUUCUUCCUUUCAACGCACCUGUAGACUUGAAGGCGACCUUUCGAUGGGAAUUAAUUGUUGACGUCUGUGGAGUUGAAGGAGGGAAGGGGCUAGAUACAUCAUUAGCAAGACUCGCCAACCAAUUCUUUCAUCUUCCAGGAAAUAAAGAAACCGAAGGCGGGAGAGAGAAGAGAAGAAAGGAAACCAAGAUAUCUAAUAACUUCUGAGGGUCGGGUGUAGGUAAUAAGUACCCUAGCAACUCAUUUAUGGAGUCAAAAAUCGGUUUUGAAGGUUGUAAGGCUCUCGUCGGAGAGUCGUCGUCAAUCCCGAUGUCGGCUGCGAUAUCAUCAACUGCGACGAUAAUUCUAAAUCUUGGUACUGAUGCGUUGAGCUUGUCUCCAGAAGCAUCACGGAGUCGACGGAAUUAAAUUCCAAGAUCAAACGAGGGGGAAACGAGAAUUGAAAGUUUGUCCGUAUAAUGGUACGAUUUACAAGUUCUGGAACUGUUUCUGACAUUUCGAAAAUAUAGAGUACUAUUCGGUAAUUUUCAACACUAAUCGUAAUCGGCUCGUAGUUUCUUCAUUUGGCGUCCAAACGACGAAUUGUUUAUGUCUACACGACCAUGGGAAUGAGGAGGAUUUUUAAGAGCCAAUUACUGGAAUUUCAUAACUUAAUUCCCGACUAGGAAUUGGCUAAAUUAAGGUGUGUGGUAGGGGGACCUUAACUAUUGCACCGAUUACUAUGCUUGAUUUGCAUAUUUGGAUGGAUGGAUUACAUGUGAUAUUGAUUUGCUGGAAGAUUUGAUGAUUUGGUAACUGUUCUUGAUUGUUUAGGAUUUUACGAUAUAAAUAUCGGUAUUUGACAAGUUACACCAUAAAUAUGGACUGUUGGGUUUAUUGAGCCUAAAACUUAUCAGAACCAUUUUUGUAUGCUUAAAUUUAUGUUUGGACAGAUUUAAGUGAAGGUUUCACUUCAAAAUGGAUUUUGGUUUAAAAACUGCAUAACGAUGAAUUUUCAAAAAGAUCAGUUAAAAAUGUGUGUUAUUUAUCUUUAAGAUUUUGAUGACUUUAUGAUGCCUAGUGUGACUUUUUAAAUUGAUUUCGGUAUUAAAAUUAUGAAUUAGAUAGUUGGUGGAGUUUUAAUCUUAAAAUGGUAAAAACGAGCUUAAUAUGAGAUUUGUGGUAAGGACCAAAUGUAAUCAUAUUUUCAUUGUUUUGAGUUUUGGGAAAGGUAAAAUUGGACAGACCUGUUUUAGGAUGAUAAAUGGAUGUUCUGGUAUUUUUGGGGGAUUUUUGGAGUUACCGUUUGAUUUAACAAGCCAUACAUGGAUUGUCUAAAUUACUGUUUAUGACCAUACAUGGAUUUAAUUGACAUUUUGUCUUAAUUAAUUCACCUUCAUGAAUUACAUGAUGAAUUGUGAUGGAGGAAAAUAAAUUAGAGAUGAUAACGUUUUACCCACAAAACGUGAUUAUCUCGGUAAACUGUGCUGGGAUUAUGUUGGAAAACUGUGUGGCGGGUUUUGAGUUUUGAGCUAUGAUUGGGAAAUGAUGAAAUGAGGUUUGGAAAGAAAUGAAUUGAGUAGGUUAUAUAGUUAUGAUUAAUGAGAUUAUUAUGAAUAUGUGAUUAGUUGUUGAAUGAAUGAUUGAUUAUCGUUACUGAUUACGUGAUUUUGGAUGAUAUAAAUGUUUGAGUGAUAAUUGACGUUAUGAAAUUGUGUGAAUAUUGGUAAAUGUUGGUAUGAGUGAAUUUAUGCCAAUUGUAUGGAUUGGAAAUGGUGAUUGGAAUCUUGAUUUGAGAUAGGAUGGUGGAAUAAUUGAUUUUUUAGAAAUGUCGAGUUGAUAACCGACAUGAGAUACGUAUGGAUUGGGAAUCAGUGGGAUGACAUUGAUUCCUGGAGUGAUUGAGAUGAUGAUGACUUGAUGAGAUGUGCAACAUGAGAUCCAUUUGAAUUGUGAACUCAAUGAGAAGGCAUUGAUUCCUGAAUUUUUUUUAUGAAAUGUUUGACGUGAGAUGAAUGGACCAGUUAAUUAGUGGGGCUGCACUGAUUCUGGAUCGAUUAUGCAUGGACCGGUUAAUCAGUCGGACUGCAUUGAUUCCGGAUCGUUUGUGAUGGAUGAGAGAAAUGAAAUUGUUUUAUUCGUGAUCAUAUUAAUUCACAUAGACGCAGAAAGGGUCUGCACUUUUACCCCCAGAUGAUUUUUGGUUUGGGUAGAUCUAGCUCGCAUCUACGCGUAUUGUGGUUGCAUGAGCACCACAGAUGAUGAUUUGCUCGAGCGGGGGUAAAUGUAUGGUGACCUUGGAUCCAUUUGAUAUAAAACCACAUUGUAUCAUAUUCGAGCCAAAAUUACUUGACAGCGAAGCUAUUGAAGUUGGGAAGAAGAAGGGCAUAAUUUGGCCAAGUCAACAUCUGAGUUCAUGGUGCCUACUUUGGAGGCAUGGUUCUCUCAAUUGGCCUGGUGGAAAUUCAAAGAUAGAUGUUUGUUUUGAAUAUAAUGUUACCCUAUACACAUUGGUAUGUUUUUUCGAUCCAGAAGAAGACAUUAAGACCAUUUUCCAGACAUCCAAAGUUGCUAUAUGGAAAGCUGAAAACUGCCUGAAAAUGGCUAAGGCAGAAAACUGGUUUGUAAAACCUACUUUGGAGCUCAAUUCGAGGAGCAUGGAUCUGAUUCGAGUCCAAAGGCUUCCACAACAUGAAUCUAGGUAUUUAUUUCUACAAAGGGAAGGAAUUGGAUGAAAUAUUAGAGAUGUGGAAGGCCUCGAACGACAGGCACGAAGUUAGUCCGAAAGUUGUUUUCUGACAACUUACCUGUGCUUCAAGAAAGAGAGUUUGAGUCUGAAAAUUGUAAGCUUUUUAGAGUUUUGUUACAUUAUUUGUUUCCUAGUUCCAUUAGGUUCUUAUUAGGUUUUUAUUGCCUUUAAAUACCUUUCAAAUUUACGUUGUAAAGCAAUUAAGUUUGUUGAAUAAAAAUUACUCGGCAGAGUUUUGUGUUCUUUGAGUUGGGUCUCGAGAAUCAAAUCCUUGAGUUAGCUUUGUGUGGAAUUCCAUUUCUAUUUCGAGAACCCUUGUCAAGCUUUUCUGUGAGGAUUCCAGAUUCGUUUAACAAGUUUCUUAUCAAUCAAGUAAACACCUUGAUUGUGG